UAAGAAUAUACUAUACUAUAUUGUAGUCUGUACUAUACUUAAAAGGAUUGUCACCCAUCCAUAAUUUAUCAACCCACUACCUAUACUAGUACUUCUUCUACCACCAUCUUCAAUUAUCAAUUCACCCGGCCACCAUCUUCAACCCAUCAAAUGGAUCCUUUAUUUAUUACUAUAGCAGUGGUUAUAGCUACACUAAUUUUCGUCACUAAAAAUUACCUCAGUCGCAAGAACCUUCCACCGACUAUAUUCCCAACCCUCCCCAUAAUUGGCCACCUUAAACUCUUGGAGCAACCCCUCUACAGAGGCUUAGCCAAAUUAUCAGCUAAACAUGGCCCGAUCCUUCUCCUUCGUUUCGGGUCACGCCCGGUCCUCUUACUCGCCGACCCUAUAGCGACCGAAGAAUGUUUCACAAAAAACGACAUCAUUUUCGCCAACCGCCCGCGUUUAAUCUUCGGCAAGAUUCUCGGAGAUAAUUACACCAACAUGGCGUGGUCUCCUUAUGGCGAACACUGGCUCAAUUUACGAAAACUUUCUAGUACCGAGAUUCUAUCCUCUCACAGGAUAAAUGAUUUUUAUAGCAUACGUGCGGAUGAAGGAAGACUUAUGGUACAAGGUAUUGUGUCCGAGUGUUCUUCUUCGCACGUGGACUUAAAGUCGGUAUUCAACGACUAUACAACGAAUAUUAUGAUGAUGAUGAUAUCCGGGAAAAGGUUUACUGGGGUUGAUAUAGAGUUGGGCAAACGGUUUCAAGAGAUCGUUAAGGAGACGUUUUUGUUAGGGAAAUCGUCGAAUUUAGGAGAUCAUUUGCCUUUCUUGAGAUGGUUUGGGUUGACUAAAGAUUUCGAGAAAAGGAUGGUGUCAUGUGUCGCGAAAAGAGAUUCGUUUUUUCAUGAUUUGAUUGAUCAAGUUAGAGAAGGGAAAGGGGUUUUAAUUGACAAGAAUAUUACCAUGAUUGGCGUCAUGUUGAAGCUACAAGAAAAGGAUCCUCAGUAUUAUACCGAUGAUCUUAUUUCAGCCGUUUUAUUGAAUAUCAUAGCGGCUGGUAUUGAAACUUCUGCUUCAACUAUGGAAUGGGCCUUAGCGUUAAUGCUUAACAACCCACAUGUUCUGAAGAAAGCCCAAAAUGAAAUCGACAAUAUUGUGGGCACUGACCGUCUUGUUGAAGAAUCAGACUUAAGUAAGUUACCUUACCUUGGUUGUAUCAUGAACGAGACGAUGCGAUUGUACCCUACAGUCCCAACACUAUUACCUCACGAGAAUUCGGAGGAGUGUGAAGUCAAAGGCUAUCACAUCCCAAAGGGGACUAUGCUAAUAGUCGAUCAAUGGGCGGUUCAUCAUGACCCGAAGUGGUGGAGUGACCCAGAAAGUUUUAAACCCGAAAGGUUUGAAGGGCCAGAAAGCAUAACACCUAAGCUUAAGUUCAUGCCAUUUGGGUUCGGAAAUAGGAUGUGUCCAGGAAGUGGAUUGGCUCCCCCUAUGAUUGGGCUGGCGUUAGGUUUGGUUAUACAAUGUUUUGAUUGGGAAAGGAUUAGUGACGACUUGGUUGAUAUGACGGAAGGUUCUGGGCUCAUAAUGCAUAAACAUCAGCCUUUGCUAGCCAAGUGUACACCACGUUCAAUGACGCAGAAAUUAAUCUCUCAGGCUUGAUCAAGACCUAGAGUUAUGGUUUAAGGGCUUUAAUUAAUCAUGUAAAACCAGAGUGCAGAUUGGUUUGGCAUAUGUAAACAAAAAUAAGUGAACUGCCUUUUUGUUGCUUUUGUAUGUCUUUUUACAUAUAUUGUGAAUGUGAAGUUUUUAUAUAAAACUCUCCUUGUGUGUGUUUGUUA